AAUCCACCCUAAUUUUACGCAUAUUUUACACAAUGCAUACCCUAAACCCUACUCCUAUCAAUCAUUAUUUAUUCUUCAUUUCUUGACGAUGAUGCUAUAAUAUAUACACACAUACAUAUAUAUAUUGAGACAAGGAGAGAGAGAGAGAAAGAGAGAGAAUCCUUUACACAGCAAAAUUGAGAGGACGAGAUAAUUAAUGGAGCUUUCACAGCACAGUUUGUUUGAGGAACUAAUCAUGGCUCCGAAAAUGGAUACCCCUUUUUUAAAUGAAUAUACUUUCCCCAACCACUGGACGGCGGCCGCCGUCGAUAAUCCGACGGCGCCGCCCGAUCACGUGCAUUUUCCGGCGACAAACGCCUCACUUUUGGAGCUGAUUUCGCCGUCCGAUGAGCAUUUCAACUACCCUUUCCCUCUGCCGGAGUUCCACCCCUUUCUCGACGUCCUGACUUCGCCGGAGUACGGCUCCUUCUACGACAAGGACGACCUGCCGCCGAUGGCGAUUCAGGAAGAUCACUACGCACAAAACGCCGGCAGCCACCUCGCCGGCGGCGGAAUCCUCGACGGCACGAUGAGCAGCUACUACAACGCCGGUGGCCCCCCGAGCAUCGGCGAGUCCCGGAGCAAGUCGAAGAAAGCCGACGGGCAGCCGUCGAAGAAUCUGAUGGCGGAGAGGAGACGCCGGAAACGGCUCAAUGAUCGCCUUUCUAUGCUCCGAUCGAUCGUUCCUAAGAUCAGCAAGAUGGACAGGACAUCGAUAUUGGGAGACACCAUAGAUUACAUGCGUGAGCUUCUGGACAAGAUUCAGAGCCUCCGGGAAGAAGGCGUGGAAGACAACCUUAACCAGAUCAAUCCGACAGGGAGUUAUCUGAAGGAGUUAAAGCCCAACGAAAUGCUUGUGAGAAACCCUCCAAAAUUCGAUGUGUCGAGGAGAAACAAAGACACGAGGGUUGAAAUAUGCUGCGCAACAAAGCCGGGACUUCUGCUCUCGACUCUCACCACGCUGGAUGCUCUUGGACUUGAAGUCCAGCAAUCUGUCAUCAGCUGUUUCAAUGAUUUCUCUGUGCAAGCUUCUUGUUGCGAGGGAGCUGAGAAUCAAUCACUUUUAAGCUGUGAAGAUAUCAAACAAGCAUUGUUCAGUAACGCAGGCUAUGGCGGAAGAUGCCUGUAGACCAAAAAUUAAAAAAAAAAAAAAAUGAAUGAAUGAAAAAGGAAAUUUGGAAAAUCAACUGGAACAAGAAAAAGUACGAAAUUGAGGGUAAUUAUUGGAGGGGCAGAUGGGAUAUGUCUGUCUGUUUCUACUUUGAGAAUUCUUUUAGUUGUAAAAUAAUGCUUGUCUUUCCAAUUGAGAAUUCUUGUGCAAUAUUCGUACCUGGCUCGUUGUUGUUUCUGCACAUACAUAUUUAAUUUGAGUA